CCUGGCUGCCACCUCCCCAGCCCAGGCGACAACGGUGAAGACAAACACAUCCACACACACACACACACACACACACUGCUGCUGUAUCCUCACUUAUGUUCUUUCUGGCAGGUGGGACAGAUUUACACGCCCAGGUGUUUGUUGGCGCCAGCAGCUUGACGAGAUCACGUGUAAUUGCGCGCGAUCUUCCCAAAAUAAGCGCUUCGAGUGUCCGCGCGAUCGAGUGUCCGCUUAAAUCACUGCAGUGAUGGACUGACGAGAUCUCCUUCAGGUCUGUGCUGGAUCUGAGGAUGUGCGGGAUCCAGGGGAGCCAUAUGGGAUUGUUUACAGCACCGAGAGGCCCGCUGGAGGAUGAAGCGCCGGGUCUGAAGGUGUCCGUGUAGGAUGCGGGGAUUAGCAGCGCAACGCGUUUCUCCUGAUUUAGUCUCCGCGUGAUGCGCUCGUAUUUCUGUCUCGUCCGACUUUGUUUAGGUUUAGCACAAACCCAUGCGGUAGCCAUAGUAAUGGUGUGACUGGACUGAUGCUGGAUAGGCGCACUCUGCUGGAAAUGGAGAGCUUUAACCUAUUUUAGUCUCCUUUUUUUUUUUUUUUUUUAAAGCAGAUUUUCUUUGAAAGACUUACUUUGGAUGCACAAUAUUAUACAUGUCAUUAAGUGUUAUGCAGAUGCAAUGAGGCUUCCUCUAAUCUGCAAUCUGUAGCACCCAUUUCUGCUAGAGGAAAAGGUUCUGGAGGUUCAACAAUGCCGAGCUCUCGCCUCGGUGCUGGCUUCGUGGACUUCUGGGUGGAUGGCUCGCGUCGAGAUGUUUCCCUCGAGGACUUCUACACCGUGGGCUCAGAACUGGGGAGAGGCGCCACAUCAGUUGUGUAUCGCUGUGAAGAGAAGCAAACAGAGAAGCCCUAUGCAGCCAAGGUCCUGAAAAAGACUAUUGACAAGAAAAUUGUGAGAACAGAAAUUGGGGUUCUACUGCGUCUUUCCCAUCCAAACAUUAUUCGCCUGAAAGAGAUCUUCGAGACAGAAACAGAGAUCUCUCUAAUCCUAGAGCUCGUCACUGGUGGGGAACUCUUUGACAGGAUUGUGGAGAGGGGUUACUACAGUGAGCGAGACGCCGCUCAUGUAAUCAAGCAGAUCCUGGAGGCAGUGGCGUACUUGCAUGAAAAUGGGGUUGUUCACAGAGACCUCAAACCAGAAAACCUGUUAUAUGCUGAUUUGUCAAUAGAUGCUCCCCUCAAGAUAGCUGACUUUGGUCUGUCCAAGAUAAUAGACGAGCAAGUGACGAUGAAGACGGUGUGUGGCACUCCUGGUUACUGCGCUCCUGAAAUUCUCAGAGGCAACGCUUACGGCCCAGAGGUAGACAUGUGGUCCGUGGGAGUGAUCCUGUAUAUACUGCUGUGUGGGUUCGAACCGUUUUUUGAUCCGAGAGGAGACCAGUAUAUGUACAGCCGCAUCCUUAACUGUGACUAUGAGUUUGUCUCCCCCUGGUGGGAUGAGGUCUCCCUCAACGCAAAGGAUCUGGUCAGUAAGCUUAUAGUUCUGGACCCUCAUAAGCGUCUGAGCGUGCAGCAAGCGCUAGAGCAUCCGUGGGUGCUUGGCAAAGCAGCACGCUUCUCUCACAUGGACACCACGCAGAGGAAACUGCAGGAGUUUAACGCUCGCCGCAAACUAAAGGCUGCCAUGAAAGCUGUGGUUGCGACAAGCCGCAUGCAUGAGGGCUCGAGGCGCCGCACUGACAGCUGUGAGAUCCCCAACUCUGACAAGAAUUCACGGCAAUGCAGCAUGGCAAAAGGCGUGCCCAUGGACACCCAGAGCGAAACCAUGCUGGAUGAAGAAGGCACGGACAAGACUGAAAAGAAAGAUGCAUCACAUGACAAAAAUUCCCCUAUUCAAUCCCCCCUGAGCCCCAAAACCUCCACUCUGACCAUGGCAACCAUGCCAACUAGGCCACCGCUAAAGGCAGAGGGACUGAGACAGCCCUCAGUCAUGGCCAUGGCUCCAGUGGUCCGGCCCAGGGUGCCAAAGAAAAGUUGCUCGGUGGAUCCAGGGGUUAAGCAUGAGCCCUUGCCUGUCCUCGCCAGCCCACCCAGCCCGAAAAGCAUGAGUAAUGGAUUUGUCGAGACGGGAAACAGCACAGCAGAGUGUCAAUGAGUGUGGGAUCGCAAAUAAACUGUCAUCCUGUACAAGCUAUCAUCUCACUACUCAGUCAAGCUGAGGAAGCCUCUCAGAUGAGUAGUUAUGUGUCUUGGAAAUAAGUCCAGCUUACUUAAUGUACUACAACUAGAUAUUUGAAAUCAACUGGAAAUCUGUCAUUAAAGACACAGCCGGUGUUGGAAUGAAUGGCAUUAUUAUGAGGAUGGCACAUUUGUGGAUAUAUAUCAUACUGUAGAGAAAAGGCACAAUAUAACAGACCGGGGCCUGAAAAUGGAUGUUUGUAAUGUUUCUUUUCUCUUUCCUGUUUACAAAUUUUAACACUGAUCUUUUAGUUCUCCAAAAAAAAUGAACUCUUUCUGAAAACGUCAACUUUCAAAUUUCCCCUAAUGCUAUGUUACUGAUAGAGUUAAGAUGCUGCAAUGAGCCUGUUUGCUUUGCAUGCCAGUACCUGUGUACAUGAAAGUGAAUUUCUUAUCUUGGAAUUUAUUUCUGUAUUUUUUUAUAGGUUGUGUUAGAGAAUGUGGAAGUUUAUAUUGUAUAUACAGUACUCUUUUAAAGUAGACAUAUACAUUUAAAAUUAUCCUUAUGCUAAUUUGCCUAGUGCACUCUAUGUGCGGGCAAGAAUAUCACCCAUUCCGAUAGAACAUUCAGCCAAAUUCUGAGUAUUUCUUUUCCUGAUUUUCCUCUAAAGGAAAUAGUAUAUUGAAUGGAAGUGAGGAAAUGAUUAAAAACCUUUCUGCCGGACCUAUUUACUCAUAACCAUGUACAAGGGUGUAAAUAACACGGCUACAUAAUAUUGUAAGACUGUAGUUGUGUACAUUAUGUUAAGCCUUUAGCUCCACUCAUGUUGCCACUGUGUUUAUAUUCUGUUGUAUUUUAUUGGCAUGAAGCGUCACAUUGCUCUCUUUUCAGAUGUAAAGUACAUACAUUAAACCACACUGUCUACCUCUUUCUGUGCAGGGGCUUACGACCUCCCAAAUACUUGUCUGGAAAAAGAUAAAAAGUCUUCAUAUUAAGGAAGUAAAGGGGGUAAUAGUAUAGAUCUUAUCGGUAUAGUGGAAACAUAGACACCUGGCAUGUGUUGCAGGAAAUUGAGCUGCUUCUGUGGAAAUGCACUGACUAUUAUAAAAAAAAACUAUUAUGUCAUGAUUAUAUAACCAUUCCAACAAUACCACACUAUUAUGUUGUGGAAAUGGAGCUUUGUACAUAUUGCUGACAUGCACGCCGAAAUUGUCAUCGCUGAAAUACAUCUAUAUGAUUAUGUGUGAUAAUUUACAAGUAAUAUACAUCACUUAGAUAUGCUGACUUCAGUAAGGAGCCUACAAGCCAAUGUAGAUGCCAAUUGUGUCGGAUUGGGAAUCGUGUUUCCAAGACUAAUAAAAUUGAGUUAAUAUCUUUCA